AAAUAAGAUCAUGUGUCAAACUUAUUAAAAGAAACAUCAUAAAUAAAAAAUAAAGUCGUGCUUAAAUGUGAAACCUCUACAAUUAAUAAAUGUGUCAAAAAGGUUAUUUUUAUAAAAGGCACAGAACGAAAUUUGGGAGGCCCAUAUGAAUCGAAUUGUGGCUUCUUUAAAUGGUUCUGUAGGAACCAGAGGCUUCGAUAUUGGGGGACAAGAUAAAAGGAAUUCACCGCCGAUAUGUGGUCAGAAAGCAUCGCCUGUUAAAUGUACCAGAAUUGUUGCACCAGUUCCUAUAGACAUCAGAUUCACUGGAACUCUUAAAUCAGACAAGAAGAAUAUUACCAAUGACAGAAGUUCCCGGAAACAUACAAUACCUGGUUUAAAUCGGGCUACUGUAAAACGGAGACAAAGUCUGGAUCGGCUGAAGAAUGAAUUACAGAGUCUUCUCGAUAGUAAUUUACAAGACGAGAAAAAUAAUGAAACAUUGGUGGAAGAACAUGGAAAAGGUUUUAUUGAAGACAAUAUAGAAAUUAAAGAAACCAUAGAAGACACCACGCCCAGAACGAAUACCACAAAUGCCAUAACGUUAUCUCCACACAGCAAACUUGUGGAUAAAAGCAACGAUAAUGUUGCAAUCACAGCUUCCGCUUCAAAGAAAUCGCAGCAACAGGAUCAAGGAAAAAUAUUAUCUUACAUCAGGCAGCAGAGAUUGAAACGCAAAGUGCAAUUGAAACAAGAGAAAAAUGAAAAAAUGAAUAUGGAACAAGCGAAGAAGCAGAGACUCAAAGAACUUCAGGAUAAAACUUUAAAAAUAUUAGCGGAGAAUAUAAAACAUCGAAAGAACGACAAGAAAACAAGAACAACACAUUCGAUGGUGGUACCUGUUCCUAGUACUGAUAAUCAUGUAGUUGGAAAGAAUACAAUUUAUAUGAGAGGAAAAUUAAAAAGUCCAAAAACUAGUAGAGCUGGUACAGCAGUUGCAGAAAAUAAGAAAGCAGUUGAUGCUGAAGGUUUCUUUCAGAACGAAUGCUUAGUUGAAAACCAAGUAUUAAAACCAAUUGAAAAAUUUCCUUCUUCCACGAAUAUUGUAAUAUCAGAGCCACACAAUAUUGUAAAACCAGUGCCCUUGACACCAGUCAAAACAAAAUUUAAAUCAAAUCGAGCUGAUUCAAGAGAAAGUCUUCAUAAUGAUCGAGAACUGAUGUUGAAUGUUGAUCGAGAACUAGAAGUUAGAGAGCGCGAAAAAAAAUUGAUGAUAAAGAGGAUUACAGCGGUGCAGGCUUGUGUUAGAGGUUUUCUGCAAAGGACGAGAUAUAAGAAAUUAUUACAAGAAAGAAUUCCUAGGCAAAUCUCCAAACCUCCUGAAGUUUCUAUACCAGCAUCACAACCACCGCCAACAUCUUCACCAAAACCUGAUGUCAAAGAAGACGUUUUACCUCACUAUCUACGUCAAGGUAUCAUCAAACCAUGUCCUUACAAUUUCAUAACCGCCGUGAAGAGGAAGAUAAAUUUAGCAGUCACUGGUAGUGUACCGUAUUGUCGGAGAGAAAUCACAGGGUCUCUGGCAGAUGUUCCAGAUUCAAUCAGUUAUGAUCAUGUGAAUCGGGUUGCGGAUCAAAGUAGCGGGUUCAGUGUCGGUUUGAGAAGAUCUACAUCCUGUGACUCGAGAAAACUGUCAUCAAAUCUCAAGUCAAAAUGUCAUUGUCGGCAUCACGAAUGUACCAGUAGACGUUCAACAUCUGCAGAUAGCAACACCUGCUCAAGAAUUUUAUCUACAAGGCACAACAAAGAUGAAGAGUCUAUCAAAACCGAAAAAAGUUCUGGUAGAAAUAAAAGUGAUCAAAGUGAAGGCAUAGAAAAUGCUUUACAAAGAUUUGAAGACAAAGAUAAAGGAAUCAUAUCGUCAAGAAAUGCUGAUAAUGACAAGGAUAAAAAUUCUACUGACAUAUCUGAGAAUAUUAAAACAACAGCCACAACUUCAACCCCGAAUUCAAAAAGUCACUUUAAGUUCGACCCCAGCAUAAAAAAAUUAGAAUCUCCCACUUCAGAAGCCAUAACUUCAAAUCUGGAAUAUGAAAGCACAUUCACAAAAUUCUCUUCUGAGCCUCAAUCAAAACCAAAUGACUUCAACAGCUGUUCCAAAAAUGAUCAAGAAAAAUCAAACCAGCCUUUGUACAACAUUAAAGUCGAAAAUAAAUUGAUAUCAGAUUUAAAAAGUUUAAGUGAGCUGUACACAACUUUCUCGGCUUACGUUGAUGCUGAAAACAGCACCAGCCGAGACUUGUCUCCUAUACAUUCUGAAAAAUCAAAGAGAAGUCAUUUCAAUUUAAAAAAUAUAAGUGAACCUACGGAUGUGCCAAGUGAAAAAUUUAUUAAAAGUGAAAGAUUUUCUAGAAGUAAAGAAAAUAAACACAGUAUUAGUGAAGAGGUACCUGGUUCGAGUAAUAAUUUUAAAAAGAGUGCCAGUGUGCAUGUGGUGAGUGAUUUGAUGAAGAGUGAGACCCAUAGUGUUACCGAUGAAGUUAAAGAGUCUAACCAAAACGAUGUUUAUAGUCAAAAUAAGUCAAAGGAUUACUCUCGAGUUGUCAGUGAAAAUUUGGAAAUAGAAAUCGAAGACGACUCCAUCAGAGCCUUUAGUGACAAAAUUUCUAAAAAAUGCAGAACACACAGAAGUGACACUUGUUCCAUAUCUGAAGAUUUAAAGUCUUAUGAAGAAAAUUUGGGACACAACAAUAAAAUUUCUGACCCAAAAAUAUCCGAACACCCAAAUCCAUCACAAAUGUUACACGGCAACGAGUUUCUGAAUCCAGGAUCUUGGAAUACUAAUGGAACAUGCAACUUGGUCUACACUCAGUACUCUUGUGAAUUUGAAAAUUCAAAAACAAAAAAAGUUGAUAACUUGAAAAAACCAGCACAUAGAUUAAAAAUUGAUCAGAGCAAGUUUACCAAUACUGACAGUUCUAUUAAAAAUGUACAACCGAAAAUUUUAGAUAGUGGUAAAGCUAAAAAGACUCCCUUGAUUAGAGAUUUGAGUACUGACAAAGUUUUAUCAAAGAACGAGGACAUUAAGGCUGUAAUAAAGUAUAUCGAAGACUUAAAAAGUUUAUCGAAAACACUUUUUGAAAGCAAAGAUACUCAGACUAGUUUUAAACAUAACACAAAUGAGGCAAAUAUAAAUUUGGAGCAUGAAAAACGGCGUCCAAAAACCGGUUCCAAUGUCAAGAACUGUAAAUCGUUGCAUUCUGUUGUAUCUGACGAGUUGUUAGAGUUAUACAUACCACCCUUGGAUUUGUCUCGAAUAAAUUCAAGUCGUCUAAAAUCGAGCUGUUCGUCUUUCGAAAACAUACAAAAUAUUCAAAAUUCUCGAACACAUAUGAAUGCCGCAUCAGAGAGUGAAAGCUCAACAAGUAUUUUUAUCACCAAAAGGAAUCAUCAUGAUGACCUUGUUAAUUUAAAUAAUUUAGACAAAAUGUUGCACGAAGAAUAUUUGAAAGUGAUGCGUCUAAAAUCUAUGUUGAAGAAAAAGGAGCAGUCGUUGAUCGAUAGAACGAAGGAUGAAAUAACGUUAUUGGAGAAUAGAAAAAGAGAGUUAAAAAUGAGUGGUAACGUGAAUGAGAUUCCAUCACUGAAGAAGAAGCAAAGAGGAUUGUUACUCAAUCUUCAGCAGGAGCGAUAUGAACUUGACAAGAUGAAAAAGCGCUAUAAACAAAGUUACAAUGAACGGAAGCAAAUCAUAAAAAACAAUCGUAAACUUUUUGGAAAGUUCGAUGCCAUUCGGGACAAUGACAUAAAUAUAACGAAAAGAAAUGAAAACUGUGCAGACGAACAACUAGAUUUCAGAAAAUCUGAUGAUUUUAGCGCCAUGUUGUCCAAACGUGAAAAAGAACUACAACGUAGACGAUCACACGUUGAAGCCCUUCUUCUGUGGUCCAGAAGACUGGACGAGCGAGAAAAGGAAAUUUCAGAAAUAGAAAGUCGUCUGCAGUUGGCCAGAAAUCAGAAGCCAAGAGAGAAUAUUCCAAAUAGGAGCUCGAGAAAUUUGGCAGAAGAAUUCUACAAUGAGAGACCAGUUAUUCCAAAUCACAAUCAGAAAUAUUUACAGGAAGAGGAUUAUAGUUCAAUAAACGAUGCAAGCUUUGUGUACAGGAAUCAGCAGUUUAGUCAGGAUAGACGAUUGUUUGAUGAAACAAAACAUCAAAAUUUUGUUUUGGAAAAUAUCAAGCACGAUGAAUAUAAAAAUAAUGCCCUAGACAAGUCAAAGGGACUGCUGGAUACUAUAGUGUAUGAACGUCCAAAAUAUUUUGUUGACAACAUACAUGAACAAAGAUCAACCAACGUUUCACAAACAUCCUCUAAGUUCUAUGUCGAUACCACAAAUCGAAAAGCAUACUUAGACCUCAGUGCCCAAAAAUUUGGCAAUGAAAAUUUCAGACACAUUGGCUCAUUGCAAGAUAAACCAAAUCGUGUCAACAACACUGUUGCAAACAAGGAUAUCCCAAAUUUACAAAGAAAAUUUGGGGACAAUCCUAAUGUAAUCGAAGCACAUGAUGGUCCAAUUUAUGAAACCAUCCAACAACUUAAAAUUGAAGAUGAGAAGUUAUCUAAAGAUGCAAAAUCAUACAAUUUGGAUCGAUCAGCGAUGGAAACAGUUCAUGUUAAUUCCAAAAUAUCUCAUUUUGUUCAAACCGGUGGAGAAAAUGUUGCAAAACCCAGAACUGAUAAAAGUGUACAGACGAGCAAAUCUAAAAGGGUGAAAGGCAGUGAUUUAAAUCGUCUUUGGAAACAUAUUACAGGUUCUAAGAAAAAACUCUACUCGGACUCCCAAGUUUAUAAAAUGUCCAAAAGGGACUUAGAAAAUUUUUAUGAAGAUGCUAAGAAAGAAGCAAUGAUGCAGUUUUCUGAAAACGAUGAUACUGUUUUAAGUGUUUUCCAUAAUUCCUUAAGCGAUGAAAAUUAUGAUCAGAAUGUUCAAACGAUUACGUAUGAUAGCCAUGGUCACCAGGAACAACCUAAAGUGUUUACAAAUGUUGAACAAAUUUUGUCAGGACAAAAUAUAGUCGAAAAGACUUUAGCAAACUUUGGACGAAACGACAAUAUUAUCUCAGAACACAUCAUAACUAAAUUUGAUGACUUAUCCAAGAACAGGAAAAAGUGGUCCAUAGAUCCAGACAAAAAGAUUUUUAGUGAUGCAAGUUCCAGUAAAAAUAAUAUUUCCACUAGUCAGAAUUUGUCAAAAUCUAUGCAAUCUGAUCGCAAUUUGAAAGAACAACAGUCGACGGAGAGUGUCACCGAGGAAAUUGUGUACAGCACGAAUUUUGAGAGUGAAAGCCAAGUUCUUACUGUUGAAAGUCUGAACCAAAUAGUAACUAAGAUUCAUGACGAGAUAGAAUUUUCAAACGUUGCUAGUCAAUCUAAUAAAGUCACCAGUGAAAAUAUUGAUGAGAACUCCCUAAACAUUGUUGAAGAUUUAAUAGACAUGUCAGAUAGCAAACAUUUACAACCAUCUGAUGAUAACAAGGCGAGUUCAUCAAUAAACGAUAAUAUUUAUAUAGAUAGUAAAAAUCAGGAAGUGUCAACAAAAACAGCAUCAUCCAAAGACUAUCCGCAAACUUUAUCAAAAGCAUCAUCGCCAUCUCGCGUCUUAACAGUCAUUCCUGAAUCCAUUAAUGGUUUGUCAAAAUCACAUAAUUUAUCAGAUGAAUCCAGAAGAAUUGUUAAAUCCGGAGAAUCGGGUACUGAAAAUUUGCAGUUGACUCAUGAGAAUGCUUUAUUUGAAAAUACAUCAAAUAAUUUGGUGUCUGAAGCUGUAUUGAACGAAUUGAACUUCCAAAAUUUAGUUUCUGAAAAAUCACAAAUUGAAUCAGAGACUUUGAAAAUAUCUUGUUCCAAAGAACGAAGUGAAUCUAAAACUAGAAGUUUGAUUUCUAAAGUUUUUCCACCUUCACACAGUCAAGUUCAAUCUAGUGCAACAUUAUCAGAAAUUAGAGAAAAUGUUGUCUCAAAGCAACAGAUUGAUUCUAAAAGUUCCAAUAUAUAUACUGAAGAUGUUUCCAAUAGUAAAAAUAGUCAAAGUGGGAGUGAUUGUGAAAAAAGGAUGUUUAGAGCGUCCAAAAUUGGAAAUUCUAUGAGUGAUAAUUCACCAACAUAUUCAAGUAAUAAAGGAAAUCUUGAUAAUUUUGAAAAAGAAUCAGAAAAAGUGAUAUCUGAGCAUUUAAACAACGAAAUUUCUAAAAGCAGAAGUUCCACCAGCGACCACAUACCAAUGUCUCAAAGUAUCAAGACUGAUAAUUUCAGCAAAGAUUCAAGAAAAAUGGUAUCAAAACACGGUAUGGCUGAAGAUAACUUGUCCAGUGAUAAUGUAACCAUGCCUCGAACUACCGAUCAUGAUAAUUUUAGCAAAGAAUCAGGGAAAGUGAUAUCCGAGCAUCUAAAUAAUCAAAUAUCCAUAACUAGAAGUUCCACGACUGAUCAUUUACCUGUGUCUCAAGAUAUACAGACAGAUCCUGAUAAUUUUACAAAAAAUAAAUCAGGCAGGACAGUUUCAGAGCAGUUGGAGUCUGACAGUCAUUUGCUCAGUGAUAAUGGAAUCACAUCUCGAACAAAUGAUUGUGACGAUUAUAGCAAAGAAUCCAUAAAAGUGAUUUCAGAGCAAAUAUGUGCAUCUACUAGCAAUAAAGUGUCAAAAACUACAAGCUCCAACACUGAUCAUUUACCAGAAUCUGAUAAUUUCAGUAAAAAAUGUUUUAAAAUGGGACUAGAGAAGUUAGUUUCCAGUGAACUCAACUCUAAUUUAGAAUCCAAUGCUUCUGCAGAAUCAAAAUGUAAAAAUAAAGAAAGUAGUAUUCUUAGUAAUUCUAUGUCUGGUUCAAUUUCGGAACAAAUUAGCUUAUCACAGCAUGUGAGUAAAAAUAAAACCAACAAUUCCUUCUCAAAAAAUGACCAAUCUGAUAAAAGUUUUGGAAUUAAAAAUUCCGAUGUUAAAAUUAUUAGUGUGUCAAGUAUUGAUAUGAGGAGUAAAUUAGAUAGUCAGAGAUCUGGUAAAUCUCUUCGUGAAACUUUAAAGAGUUACUCUCCAGAAAAACAGAAAACUUCUUCAAGAUCAGAAGCAGUUUGCGACAAUUUGGCAACUGCCACUUUGUGUAACCAAAAUGAAGACUACAAAAAUUAUUCUCAAAAGCAACAAAUAGUUUACUAUUUCACUGGCCAAGAAAUGGAUAGUAAAUCUAACCCUUUAAACUCUAAAAGCCCAACUAAAUCUGAAUCCAUCCAAACAUCACCAGAAAAACAGACAUCGUCAAGUGAUAAUUUAGCAAAUAUGCCUCAAGAAGUCACAUUACAAAAACUUAAUGAUAUCUUGUUAUCCGAUUAUGCCAACUCUGUUUCCAGCCAAUAUUCUAUCAGCGUGGAUAAAGUCUAUGAGGAAAACGAGGAUUAUAUCAAGUCACAAGAUUCUAAUGGCUCUAUAUUAGACACUACAAUAACUGAUCACAUGAUGGAUGAAAAUGAGGAGCCUAUGUCUAAUGUUUACGAUAGCAAGGAAUCUACAAAUGGGGAUGGAACUGUUGGUACUUGUACUCUUGCUAAGGCAAAGGAAAGAAGUAUUGAUGAUGAUUUUGUGGGAAAAAAUUCCUGUGGUUCUCCAGCUAGAUCUUUAAGAACAGAUAUUACAUUCCCUAAUUAUGAGAUGUUGUUUUUAAGAGAUGUGACUAAAAAGUAUGCACGAAGUUUAGAUGACGACUUGCAUAAAAUAUCAAAAUUGACAGAAGAAGAGUUAGAACUAGAAAUUGCUCAAGAUCUUAUCAUCUACAAGCAGCUGGAAGCUAAAUAUUUGACGCCAUGUUGGAAUGCUCUUAAUGGAGUCUUGGAUGAAAAAUAUGAAAAUGAUUUGGAAAAGAGUCUAUUGAAAAUUGAUACUGGUCUAAAAUCUUUAAACAAUACCUUCGAAAAAGUUCCCAUAUUAGACAAACUCACUGACACAUCUCAUAAUUAUCCUUCAGACUUUGACAGCAAUGUCUACACGUCCAGCGAAUCUGAGAAGAAGUCUAACCAAAGUUCAUACUGCGGCACUAAUGAAAAGAUCAGGAGUGCCAGUAGUAAACCUGUGGAACAACCUAGUAUGAGAAAGGAAAUAAUAACUGAAAGUGAAUCUGAUCGACAUCCUAGUCAGAGCUCUUCACAACGCAGUCCACCAAGAAGGAUUUAUCAAGAAGAUCAAUUUACAGAACCGAAUGUCAAAAAUGUGGCUAAAGAAAACAAACCUACGAAAGAAUUGUACUCUGACCAAUAUACACAUGAACCUGAAAAGCUGGUUAGAGUAUUUCCUAGAGAUCUAUUUACCGAUACACUUUUAGAUCAGUCUUACCAAAGCAUCAUUGACGCUCAAAACCUAUCACCUAGAGGAAAAAAUCACAAACCUUUUACAUUCAACAAUGUAGAUCACCAAAAUCUCUCACCUAGAUUACCCGCAGAUAACGUACAUGCCGAAUACGUAUGUGCUCGUGUCAAAAAUCUGAUAUCUUUGCAUUUGGAACCGACGAUUUUUGAAACACCAAGUGAAGAUGUAAAGUUUUCUGAAAACUCUAUGAACUUAGAAAAGGCUUUAAAUGAAUCUGGCGGGUAUCAGAAGAUUGAGGACGAAUCUGGUUUAAAUUUACUAGACGACACCACAGGUGUGGAUAAUGAAGUACCUGAGGAGAUAUUCUGGUACGAGGACGAAAACGAUGGAAGUUUCAAGGAAAAUGAGUACAAAGGCGAUGCUACGUUUGAUUUUGGAAACAAAGCUACUUCAAUUGGAGAAAUAAGCCCACCUAGAAAAUCCUUUAUCAAUGAUGAUGAGAAUGUGUCAGGAAAUCGUUCUAGUGAGGUUAGAGAACGCGUGAGGCAGAUCAUGGAGACUAGGAAUAGUCCAUGCCGUACACAAGUUGGUCAUAGUGAUAGCCACGUUGGUUCACCCAGGUUGCAGGAUUUGUGGAUCACCACCAAUGAGAAUUUAACACCUAGUCCAGGGAAUAGCCCACCAGUGUCACCCGUCAUAAGUCAAUUGAGCUCGGAAGCUGAAGAACUUCGAAGAAAACAGCUGGAAAUUGAAUUGGAGAUAAAGCGACUGCAGCAACAAAGUGAAAUACAGUUGGAGUUUUAUGUAAGGGAAAUUCCAAAUAAGCCUCCACCUCCCUAUACACCUCCUCUGAAGACAACAACUAGUCAGCAACCAGAGAGCAACCAGGUAAACACGCUGGUGGAAGAAGACAGUGCAUCUUGUCAUUCAGUUGCAGUCAGCACCACAGACAUUCCUCAGCCUCUAUCCCGAGACCAAACAGAAGCCCUAGUCAUAGAAAACACUCGAACCCUAUACAACGCUUUCAUCAAUGGCAAAAUAUCAACAACCGAAUACACCUCUUUCUCGGACUCUAACAUCAAUGAGAAACUAGUCUUCGAUCUUUGCAAAGAAGUCAUCAUCGAUCAUUUCAAAUACACUACCGAUGUUCCCAUAUGGCUUCGGGGCAAAACUCAGCAGCCACACAAGAAUGUCUAUUAUAAUUUAGAAGAUCUUACACAGUUCGUGAGCAAGAAGGUUUUGCAGUUUAUGAAUUUUGAACCCACGUUUAUGGGUGUCAACAAAAGGUGCUCCACCAGGAAUGCCGAAGGAUCCAUGGAGGUUGUUAUGGAAAGAGCAGAUUGGAAGAGGAAGGAUUGCGAUUACGAGUUGCUGUGUAAAGAGAAUGUUACGAAUUGUAUUAUGAACAUGCUGUUGACGGAGACUGCUGAUGUUGUUAGUGAGAGCUUUCGGAGGAAGAAUUUGGCUGCUAAGAAAUCAUAGGAAUGGAAAGUGUAAGACUUUAAUUAAUAAUUCUUUUUAUUUGAAGUGAAAUGAUUCAUUAGAAUGAAGGUACAGGGUACCUUAAAUUAUCUAUGCAUUUUGUUAUGGUAAAUGUUAUAAUACUAUACCAUACCAUAAAAGCAACUCGAAUUGAUGAUGAGA